UGAAAAUAUUGAGAAUUUUGAUAAAGUACACUUAAAAGUAAUGUGACACUCUUCUAAAACAUAAAUACACUUUGAAUUUUAUAUAUGGUAAAGCGUAGUACGUACAUAGGACGAGUUUAACACGUGACAAAGUUAAGCGAAAUGGGUGGAAAGGAAGUUAAAUAACGUUUAGCAAUUAAUUUGAAGCACCACUCCCGUUUGAUAGAAUUUGCAAGAGUGUACCAAAUUUUUGAAAAGUUAUAUGAAAUUCAAGUACAGUAAUUUAUCAGCGGACGAGUAAUUUAAUACAAAUCACGAAGGACCCGCCUAUUCCAGGGAAAAAUGCUUCCUGAGGACUAGACUUACAUAGUUGCAUAAAUUAUACUAAAUCCAGAGUAAACUUCGCUGUUUUUCAAGAAAUGUAACUACAUACAUACACAUGUAAUACUUAAUUCAAAACAUUUUCAUUUCAGAGCAGUUACUUUUCCAAAGGGUGACGCUUGUUUGAUCUACAAAAUUUGAACUCGAAUUAUAAAUAUACGAAAAUUGUAAUUUCUUAUUUUCAAAUUAUUAUAUGGGGAGAUCCAUAAAUUAUGUAACGCCAAAAUCGCGAUUUUCUAGACCCCCUCCCCUCCCUUCGUCCCUUCAACAUGUGUCACAUAGUCUCCAUUCGCAAACAGUUGAACUUUUAUAGAAAUUGAGAAUUCUGAGAAACUACGCCACUGUCAGCCUCAUUCUUAAUUAAUUCAAAUUCAAAUGAUAUGCUGAUGGGGGACUUUGAGAAUGGCAGUGGCGUAUAUGGUUUCUCAUAAUUUUCAUUUUCUGUAAAAAUUCCACUGUGUGCGAAUGAAGCGUAGGCACGAUAUCUUUGGAGCCAUUGUCGCCCCUCUCGUGUGGCAUAGUUUAUGGACGGUCCCUAUGGCAAUGUACAUAUUACAUUUGCAAAUAAUUUUUCUUACCGCAUUCGAAGAUUGCCACUCCACCAGCUGGUUAUGUUGUUACUGAACACAUUCCUUAGCUUGCACGGUAUCGGAUAUGAUCCACAGGGUCUCACUUUGGGAGCAGUAAUUGACAAUGGACAACUGCAAACCCUUUGUGACACAAAGCUCGGCCAUUCAAUUUCUCCCAUAGGAAGGCAAACAGGAAUAGAUUACCCUUGUCGAUUGUUAUACAAUCUCGAAAAAUUGGGAGUUAACUGGUACCGAAUUGGAUGCCGAGCAAGCUAUAAAAUCUGGUGACCUAAUGGGUUACAUAAAAUUCCCGGCAAAUUUUACAGAAAAUAUGAAGAAACGAUUUGUCUGGAGAAUUUACGCGGACGAAGAAACUUUAAACGGAUCCACUAUUUCCAUCAGAUUGGACAAUUCUGAAUACAUGAACACAUACUUCCUUACCAAAUCGUUAUAUGAAUCCGUUCAGCAAUUCUUACUAUUAAGUGCGAACGAUUAUGACGUGGACGAACGGAUGGUCACCCUGCCGUUACAGUUCAGUCCAAUCUACGGAAGCUUGUUCCUUGUUCCGGCCGAACUUCUUCUAUUGUGGACCCUCUUUUCAACAACGUUUGGCUUCUUUCACGUAAUUGAUCGCUGCGAUAACACCUUUGCUCGCACAAUGGCCACGGGUGUGGACUUUGGUCAAAUUCAGCUGUCCUACUACUUUUCGGACGUCCCGCUGGCCCUCUUUCAAGGUGGACUGAUCUUACUAAUUUUCUGGUGGGACCGGGGCGAACAAGUCCAAGGAAGCUGGAUCUUGAUCGGGGUUAUCUUCUAUCUCGCCAGGAUGGCCAUUCUCUCGCUGUAUUUCGUGGUGGGGACGUUCAAUAUGAGUGUCAAGGACAUGACGCUUUUAACAAUUUCCAUAGUUAUGGUUUACGUUUAUGCUUCAGAUACGAUCUGGCCUAUCGAAUCUGUCGUGUGGUGGUACCGACCAUUUUGCCAUUGCCUUCCGUUUACCGUUACGAUCCGCGUGUUGCGCAGUGUAAUUACGAGAGGGUGGGGGAUGACUCAUCCCACCGUGCUUUACGGAGGAAUCUGCUUCCCACUAAUAAUCACUGGGAUUAGUACCAUUGUGUCAUUUGUGAUGGAAAGGAGAAGCAAAAAGUUGUGAUUUACUAAUAUGAGUGUGAUAUUAUGUAAGCUACAACCAGAUAUUACCCGAAGAGCCUUAUUAAAUGUUAUCAAUAAUA